UUGCACUUGUUGUUGCCACAAGGAAAGACUAACAUGGAUCUGGUGGUGGUCUUAGUGCUCAGUGUCUUCUGUCUGCUUCUCCUUUCACUCUGGCGACAGAGCUCUGGAAGACAGAGACUCCCUCCUGGCCCAACUCCUCUCCCAAUUAUUGGGAACAUUCUGCAGAUAAACACGAAGAACAUCAACAAAUCCUUUGCUUAUUUUUCCAAAGUCUAUGGCCCAGUGUUCACUCUGUAUUUUGGCAUGAAGCCCACUGUGGUCCUGUAUGGAUAUGAAGCAGUGAAGGAAGCCCUGAUUGAUCAUGGGGAAGAGUUCUCUGGGAGGGAUGUUUCCCCAUUGUCUGAAAAAACUAACAAAGGCCUUGGAAUCGCCUUCAGCAAUGGAAAAAUAUGGAAUGUGAUGAGACGCUUCUCCCUAAUGUCUCUGAGAAAUUUAGGGGUAGGCAAGAGGAGCAUUGAAGGGUGUGUUCAAGAGGAAGCUCAAGGCCUUGUGGAAGAGCUGAAGAAAACUAAAGGCUCACCCUGUGAUCCCACUUUUAUCCUGGGCUGUGCUCCCUGCAAUGUGAUCUGCUCCAUUAUUUUCCAGAAACGUUUUGAUUAUAAAGAUCAAGAUUUUCUUACCUUGAUAGAAAAAUUCAGUGAAAACCUUAAGAUUCGGAACUCCCUAUGGAUGAAGAUCUUAGAUGUGUUCCCGGCUCUCAUUGAUUACUUUCCAGGAAUUCACAACAGGGUAUUUAAAAAUGCUUCUCAAGCGAGAGACUAUAUUUUAAAGGAAGCAAAAGAACACCAAGAAUCACUGGACAUGAACAAUCCUCGGGACUUUAUUGACUUUUUCCUGAUACAAAGGGAGCAGGACAAGAAUAAUCAAGACUUGUUCACACUUGACAACUUGGUAAUCACUGUGUCUGAUCUGUUUGUGGCUGCGACGGAUACGAUAAGCUCCACACUGAGGUAUGGUCUGCUGCUCCUGAUGAAGCACCCCCACAUCACAGCCAAAAUCCAGAAAGAGAUCAACCUUGUGAUUGGCAGGCACCGGAGCCCCUGCAUGCAAGACAGGAGCCAAAUGCCCUACACAGAAGCUGUGCUGCAUGAGAUCCAGAGAUACAUUGAUCUAGUCCCUAGCAGCUUGCCCCAUGUGGUAACGGGAGAUAUUAAAUUCAGAAAUUACUUAAUUCCCAAGGGCACAACCAUAUUGCCAUCUCUGACAUCUGUGCUGUAUGACAACAAGGAAUUCCCUAACCCAGAGGUGUUUGACCCUGGCCACUUUCUGGAUAAGAGUGGGAACUUUAAGAGGAGUAACUACUUUAUGCCUUUCUCAUUAGGAAAACGGAUGUGUAUGGGUGAGGGCCUGGCCUGCAUGGAGCUGUUUUUAUUCUUCACUACCAUUUUACAGAACUUCAACCUGAAAUCUCUAGUUGACCCAAAGGAUCUUGUUACCACUCCAGUUGUCAAAAGAGUGCUUUCUAUGCCCCCCAAGUACCAGCUUUGUUUCAUUCCUGUCUGAAGGAGAACAGAUUCUCUAGC